AUGCUUGAUACAACAUCAGAUCAGCUAGAAGGCUUGUCUACUGCUUGCGUGCUUUCUGAGCAUGCCAGUACUCGAUCCUUUAGAUCGGAUGACGACGAAGUUGGGGAAGAAGAGGAGGAAUUGGGUAUUCGCGAAGUUGACGAUGACUUAGCCGGAGAAAAUCGAGAUGAAGCGGACAGUGUAGUGAGUAGCCAGAACGAUGACGAUGAUGAAGAGGUGAAUGGUUCGAGCCACGUACUGGAUUAUGAGGAGGAAGAUGAUGAAGAGGAAGAUAGGGACAUUUCUAAACGGACAGCAGACAGUGGACAAGCAGAGGCUAUGCGGAUGUCCUUGUCCACGUCAGCUGGAUCUGUGAAAUUUUUUAAUCGAAGAUGUCAAAUUUCGUCGAAUUUUUCCAGACCACGCAUUAAACAAUCUCGGCCUCGUAUCACUACAUCAUCUGCUUCUCCUUCAGCUUCUCUUUCGCUUUCUCCCUCCGCUUCUCAACUUUCUACCUCUUCUCUUGACGCACCUUUGCAUUUGGAGCCUUCAGCAUCUUCUAUUUUGGCAGCAGCUGCGAUGGCACUAACACCACCAUCUCCUCCUCGGCCUACCCUAUCACAAGUAACGCCUCCUCUAAUUGACUGCGAUAUAUUGCCUAGUGAGAAACUCGAUCAGCUUCGCUCUUCAUUGUCUAUAGAAGCAGAAUCGGCAGUAAUAGCCCCCGAAGGCCUGAGACUGCGAACUGUGCGCCUUUCCACAGCCGGACUGGGCAGCGGCUCCCGUAGGCCUGAUAAAAGCGGUGAUCUCGCCAAAUCUACGGAUUCAACUAAGGCCAUCGAAGAUCAGGGUUUGUGA